GAUUUUUCCUGACAAACUCAGUGACUCGAUUCAGUGGAAAAUUCGCGAUGUCUCGCAUCGAGGAAGGCUUCGUUCCUCGGUCGUUUUCCGUUUGCCGCCUCCUGAUCAGCGUCUAAACGCGCAACUCGUGCGCUUCAUCCAGAAAUUCCAAAAAUUAUCGCAAUUGUGGACGGACAAGCAUCGACACGUCCGAUUUCAUCUUGUCGCCAAUACGAUGCGAUGGAUACAAAACUGGAAUGUCGACGAUUUUAUGGAUUUCGCUGAUGAGAAACGCGCAAAAAUCUUGGGAGCACUCGACGAGGAUAUUGGAAAACUUGUCGGCGAGCUCGGUCCGAAUGAUCCAUUGUCAUUGAAUCUGAGAUCGGAUCUCCGACAAACAAAAGACGCUUUCUAUCAACUAGAACAACGAUCACAGAAGACACCUGAGCCCGACUUCUCUGAGCAAUUCGAUCAGCAAAUGACGACGAUUUUGCGAAAACUUGAUGACUCUUGGCGGGUUCUAACUGAUCGAAUCGGCCGCCCCGUUGAACGAUCCCUUGCCGAGCACGAUCAAACUUUAGAAGAACACAAACAUUUCGAGGAAUCACUUCAUUCUUUGGACUCCGAUGUAUCAACUGUCAAAGGACUCUAUUCGCAAAUCAGUGAUCCAACGGCCGCACAAAGGUUAAACCUCGAAAAGCUGAAAGAUCUUUGGGAAAAUCUGUGGGAUUUGGCGCGAAUGUAUGUGGAGAGAUUGAAAGUCCAAGAAGCUGUGAUGAAUGGGACGAAUCAAUUGACGGAAACGGCGAAAAAGCAUGAGAUCGCUCUCUGUAGCCACGACGAUUUGUCAAGCGAUUUGCAAAAGAUGGCGAAAAUUCGCGAGAAUUUAGUGGCCACGAAAAUGACUCUUGGCCAAGAGCAAUGGCUGCUGGACUCGUUGAACGCUCAGGUGGCUGCUUUGAGGCAACAUGUCAUCAGGACACGCCAACACAUUCCAACACAUCCUGAUGUGGACCAUGUCGAGGACGAGGCCCAACAACUCAACGUUCGUUGGGAGAACAUUUGUGUACAGAAUCGAGAACGCUUGGAAACGGUGGAGAAAACGAUGCAAACGAUGGGGUUCGUGCGAGGAGAGCUGCUCAAUGAAAUGACAUGGCUCGAAAAGGUCGAGAAAACGAUCGAUCAACUGCGUCGGCCUGAGGAGUUACGUUCGAAUGAGUUGCAACAGCAAUUGGAUAUUUUGGCUCAAGAGUACUCUCAAUUACAGGAAAGAACAGCCGCCAUUGAAGCGCUAAAUCGCGAGGGUGGAAAGUACAUUCGUGAGGCAAAACAACACGAUUUGAGAAUCGAUCAGUACACGGAUGGGGUCAUCAGAGUGCACGGAUCGGGAAUAAGGGAUCUGUUCACGAGAGCCAUUCCCCAGCCGAUGAAUGGAGCUCAAACUGUCGCGAGUGAGCUCGAGAUUUUGAAUAAACGCUUCGCUCAACUUUCGUCGAUGAUUCUCGAGAAGCAAAAUCGAGUUCAAAUCAUGUCCGUGAAAGCCUCUCUUGACGAGUGGGCGUCAAGAGUGCGCGAACAACUCGAAAUGGCGGAUCGUUUAUGCGCCGAGCAAGUCGACCAACUGCCACCCGAUCAGUACGCAAUUCUGAAGCAGAAGCGAGAUGAGCUGGCAAAUGUCUACGAGAAUACAGUGAGGAAUGUGGAAAUGGUUUAUGAGAGACUGCACGCGAUCACUCAGCUACUCAUCGAGUUCUCCACUCAUUCCUCAUCGAUGCAAUCGUGGAUCACCGAUGCGACGCGGAGAGCUGGAGAUAUUAAAGCCUCGUCAGCUGAUCCGUCGAAUAUCGUCGAGCAACGGGCAAAGGCUAAACAAUUACAGGAUGAAGUAGCCGGUGGAGAGCCUCGUUUGAAGCAAAUCGGCUCAAUCGUUACUCGGAUCGAGGCAGAAAUCGCGGCGAUGCACGAAAGUGUCCCACAAGUGCAGCUGGGUGGAGUGAAUGGAGAUGAAGUGAAGAAAACGUUCUACCGAGUAGAGGAUGACUACAACGAGCUGCUGAGACAGUGCCAAGAUCUGUCGUCCUUCCAAAAUCGAGUCGCCGCACUUGGAAAUGAUGUCGCUGAAAGGGCUGGACGUGCGGACAACUGGUUACGUCAACUCGAGAAUCAACUGAAUGACCUCUUCGGGAAGAAAGGAGUUCCAGUGGAAGAAAGACUGAGAAUCGCGGAUGAGAUGAAUCGACGAGUGGCUGAUGAGCAAUCACAAUUAGAUGAUGCGGAUCAAGCGGCAAUGAAACUGCUGGGAAUUCUCGAAGGAACACCCGCCUACGAUGAAGUGAAAGAGAGGCACCAGAAAGAGCACAAUGAAAGGAGGAAGAGACACAGUCUUGUACUCGAUCAACUCCAACGAGUCGUCAACGAAGCAACAACGGAACAAGCAAUCGGUGAAGGGGUCAAAGAUGCGGUCAAGGGAUUAGGAGAAUGGGCUGAUCAAUGGGAGGACAAGAUGUCCCAGCAACAUCCAAUCCCCUUGAAACAAGAUCUCUUGUCAACGCUGAAGAAAGAGGAACAGUUGGAGCACUCAGAAGCCGAUGCAAGACGUGCCUUAGCUGAUCAACUUGAAAAUGAGGUUACAAGCAUUGUU